AUGCAAUGUCCUAUACACAAGCAUAUAAGGAUUCUCAAUAUAUUUAAAACAGACAAGCGUAUCACAGAGUGGAAGAAGAAAAUAACUACCACCCCUGUCAUGAAUUAUAAAAAAAUGUCCCUAUGUAGCUUUUCCUUUGGAGAUGAUAAAUUUAAGGAUCAUUCAGAUAGUGGAAGCAUUGAAAAGGAUUGGCAAAAGGGUAACUGCAGGAGGAACAAUGAAGAAAAAAAUAGCACUGAAAAUAGUGUGAAAAAAGCUACUGGAAAUAUCAUAGAAGAAUAUACACCCAUUGACGAGUUACAUGCUACAUGUAAUGAAGCACCAAAGGAAGUUAUUUUAAAAAAAUACAAUAGGAUUUUAUUAAUUGAAAAAUACACAAAGUAUGAUAGUCUGAAGAAGCAAGGCUACAAGGAUGAUUACAUUUUACGUAAUCAUUUUUCUGCUUAUAUUUCACAUUUUACACAUACUCUCAUAGUAAACAACGUAAUUAAUAUCUUGAGGACUAAAUACAAAUCCCAUGUUUCAACACUCAAGGCCCACAAGCGGAACAUUGAAAAUAUAAGUAUCAGCAGUUCCAGUAUUUUUUCACCUGAUGCCAUUUUUAGUGUGGGAGGAGACGGAACUUACCUGGAGUCUGCCCACAUAAUCGCUAACAAAUACAUUGUAGAUGAAAAAACAAGUCAACGGAACAAACACAUAGAGCUAGUUGGGAUCAACAGUGAUCCCAGAGGGUCAGAAGGAAAGCUGUGUCUCGAAUAUUUCCAUUUAGGAAUAGAAAACGAAUGCAACUAUUCAUAUGCAUCAUUUAAAGAGUUCGAAAAAGUUUACCAAAAAAAAAAAAAAAAAAAAAAAUUUAUUUUCACUGAUGUAUCAAAUUUGAUAAAAAAUCUCAAGGAACGUGAAAAAAAAGUAGAAAUGAUGUUACAUAAAAAACAUGACAAAGAAAAAAUAGAAGAAAUGGAUUUUAAACAUGCGAACACCAUUGAGCGAAUUUUUCAGAAUAACAGUUUGUCUUAUGGUGAAAUAUCCUUUGAAUCUUUGACGUCACAAGCGAAAGAUGAAAAUUGUCAUAAUUCCAAUUUUAAGAAUGUCCAAGAAAAUGAGAAAUGUUUGAAACCUAAUCAGAGUGAUACAAUGGAAAUGUUAGAACAGGCAGAAAUAGAUAUACCAAAUGAAAUGUGCGAAAAGAAAAGAGUACAUGACAACAAUUCCUUUUCUAAUUUAUUAACAAUAUCUUCUCCAGCGACAGUAGAAGGGAAUAUACACUCAGAGAACCUCAUUAUAAGCGCAAAGGAAUAUGCAAAAAGUACGUUAAGGUGUUUUUUCGAAACAGAUAAACAUAAAAAAAUCCAUAGGAAUUAUAUUACUGUUCAUAUAAAAAAGUCGAACGAAGAUGAAGGGAAGAUGUAUAGGAGCAUUAAUGAAGUUUACAUUUACGAAGCAGUAAAAAAUAAUAUAUGUACAUACAUAAAUGUUGAUAAUAAAUUUGUUAAAAAAUUAAAAAGUACAGCAUUGUUAAUAACUAGUGGAACUGGUUCAACCGCUUGGGCAUACAAUGUAAACAAAAUUGAUAAAAAAAAAAUGAAAAAUAUAAUUAACGAAUUCUUAAGUAUACAAAAUGAUGUCGUUAAACAAAAUAUAAAACCAAUAAAUUAUGACAUUUUUUCGGAAUAUAUUAAUAAUUCUAUUUGUUUUCACCCAAAUAGCAAAUAUAUGAAAUGUAUUGUCAAAGAGCCAGUGGAAAAUAGUGUGUACAAUUCAACUGACCAUAUAUAUAACUGUAAAUAUAUGAACAUAAUGACUUGUACUAGCAACACAAUUGUGUAUAUAGAUGGUAUAUACAACAUUAAAAUACAACCUAAUGACUCUGUCAUUCUGAAUAUCAAGGAUGACGAUUUUAUCGUCAGUUAUAAAUAG